GAAGGAAGUUGACGCUCAUUUUCCCCUCUGUGAGUGUUCAUAAAAGUGCAAGUUGUGGUGAGCCGACAGAAUACGCAUCAGACUCUCAAGAGAAGAUGAGGUGUGUUUCUGUGACUCUUCUGCUGUGUCUGGCUACGAUGCUGCUCGAUCAAGUCAACUGCCAAUUGAGUGGUGGGUCAACUUGCCCUUGUCUCAAGACAACAGAUCGGGUUUACCGCAAGGAAGAUAUGGAAGGUUAUAUUAAACAAGAAGCAGGCGUCUGCCUAGUUGAUGCUGUUUUAUUUAAAGCAAUCAAUGGUCGUUUCAUUUGUGGCAAUCCACAAAAGCUUUGGGUGAAAAGAGCUGUGGAGUUUUUGGAUAAGAAGAAGAAGCCGGCAGUUAAAACAACAGUGCGUCCCUUAAACUCUGCACCAACAUCGACAAUGAACAACACAUCACAUACAACAGGAUGAACUAUGACUACUUUACCUGAGCUUUGCAAAUUUGUCAAAAUAUGUCGGUAAUUUUUGUAUUCGAUUUUAUUUUAUCAACACCUGAUUAAUUAAAAACUACUGCAUAAAAUAUAUUGCAGUGCUACGCAUUAUUUAGUUUUUUAUUCUGCUCAAUAGGACUUUUUAAGUAUCAUUAUAAUAUUAUUAUCAUUUGUAUUCAUAUUUUAAAUUAAUAAAAAAAAAAUCAUUUUCAUUUUUGUUAACAUUUGAA